AUGGCCAUGUUUGCUGGUGUGUCCGUUGCCAAUCAUAUCGUGUGCGGUGAAGGGCUGCGCUACGACUCGAGUGGAUCCUACUGCGUACCAUGCGACUGCAGUCUUCACGGCACCGCCCAGUGCGUGCCCGCUAGCGGCGAAUGCGUGUGCAACAGGCACAACGCGGGUCGGCACUGCCACACCUGCGACGACGGCUACUUCAAACCGGCCGGUAACCACUCGAACUGCGUGCAGUGUACGUGCAGCAGCGCGACCGCCUCCACCGGAGCCUGCGACGCGACGACCGGCGCGUGUACGUGUCGUCAUGGUUACCGCGGAGACCGAUGCGAGGCGUGCGCGCUCGGCUUCCGUCGUCACGGCGACGAGUGUCGUCCCUGCGGGUGCGACGGUAUUGGUGCCGGCGCGACGGACGAGUGCCACCCGGCUACGGGUCAGUGUACCUGUCGCCGUGGUUACUUGGGCACGUCAUGUGAUCAAUGUGCCACCGGGUAUCAUCGUCCGGUGGGUACACCACAGUGCGUAGCAUGCAAUUGCUCACAGUCCGGAUCACUCAGCGCAUGGUGCCACAGCACCGGUGUGUGUCUCUGUCGCCCGGGCACCGUCGGCAGCAAGUGCAACGCGUGCGCCUCGCCCGCUAGCCAGUUCUUGUCCGCCCACGGCUGCCAAGAUUUGUCACAGUCUCUCAUCGUAGCUGCCGGAGAAACAUUUGGGGAGCAAACGGUACAGUUCCCUGGUGGCGUUGCUUUCGGUUCUCGAAGUCAGCGAUACGACAGUCUUGAGAUUAGACGCAAUGGAUUCAUGACCUUCACUUCACAAGAUGGCCGACGGGUCAGGCCAAAUCUGCCGGAAUCGUCCGCUGUGAUUGCACCAUUCUGGCUGGAUGCCGACGAUAUCUCAUCCUCCAGCGCACUGGGUACCAUUUCCGUAGCAACAGUGAACAGCUCGGCUCAGCCAGACAUAUUGAAGAGCAUUGUUCACAUGGUGCUGAACUCCUCAAGGCCACCUAUUGGUGAUUUUCACCCCGUGCAAGCACUUGUUGUGACCUGGAAGGACAUCCCUGCUGCCCAGCAGCCGAGCAAGAAGAACACCUUCCAAGCAGUCCUGGUGAGCGACGACUGCCCGCGGCACUCUCUGUUCUGCCAGUCGUACGCCGUGUUCCUCUACCCGGAGGACGGCAUCACCUACACAGAGACUCACGGCCAUGCCGCCAUAUUUGGGAGCACGGCAUCACCCGGCCAACCUCUCUCGACCGUCAACGCCGCAACUGUUUCCAGCAAUGCCAGCACGGUCGUGUUCAAACUCACCCCGGAUGGUGAGCAUGCUCGGAACGUGAUGGCAUGCGACGGACUCGAAGCGGUGCCAGAAUCACACCACAGCGCCGUUCGCCUCUUCUGCCCACUAACUGCCAGCGCUGUAGCGGUGUUCCCCGUGUUUGUAGCGUACACACGUGCUAACGUUAGCGCUCGCUGUUUCCGCUCCCGUACAGCCUUGUCCGGACCGGCACAGAAUACAACUACGAUAUGUUGCUAUGGCAGCACGGGUCAGCUGAUUGAGCAUGGCGAGGCACUGGCCUACGUUACGUAUCGUCAUGACGACGAGAAGAUUCUUCAGAGCUGCGCCGCGGCUGGUCACCUGGAGCAUUUCUUUUCGUCCCGUCGCAGCCCUCUGGUGACGGAUAAAUUUGAGUCCAUUGGACAUGGAUAUCUGUUCGGCGACCCGCACGUCCGCUCCUUUGCCGGAAAGCGGUUUGAGUUCCACUCUCCGGGAGAGUAUCGUCUCUUCACGGUCAACACCCACACCGUCAGCGGUGCUUUCAUCAUGGACAUCUUCUGCAGGUUUCAGGAGCUACCAUCGAACACGCUCGGAUACACGUCGGCUUCAGCUGUCGCCAUUGUUGUAGGACCGGUAAACCAAACAGUGACAAUUCACGUAUCCGCAAUGAGUGGGAAACUUCAAGUUCUCCUUCAGAAUGGCAUGGACAUCACGAGCAACAUUGCUUCACAGAAGCACGACUACAUUGCGUUUGACGGCGCAGCUCUUGUGGUGAAUGGUGUCACAGCUGCUGUCAAGGUUGAAGUCCAGUCUGGGAGCCUCCUGACUGUGUCCGUGCUGGCGCAACACUCUCCGUCACAGAUGAUCUCCCCAGGCCUGCUCAGUAUAGACACAUUGAAACCGAAGACACAGCUGGACGUUCUGUCCGAGGUACUGGAUGCAGCUGAGACGUAUCGUGUCAGUGCCGACAAUAGUCCGUUUCGCUAUGCGUCCGGUGAGAGCCACUCGCUGUUCAACCCGGCGCGCCGCAACCCGUUGCCUCUGGCGGCCAGCAACGUGGCCAAGUUGGCAAAUUCCGACGCUCGGCUGGCCUGCGGUGGCUCCGUCGAGUGCCUGGUGGAUGCCGUCGUGGCAGGCUCAACUGCCGCUGGGCUGGCCACCAAGCGCACUCGGGACGCGCUCAGUGCCGUCGAUAACGCUCUUUAUCCUGUUCCAGUGAUCAUGUUCAGACCACCAGUGCUGGACGCUAGGAUCAACCAUGUGUCUAACCUAUCGGUGCUGGCCACAUCGCUAGCGCCGGGCGCUCACAUUGUCUCCGUAGCACUGCUGAACAACGCCAGUGCGGUCCUGGUUGCUAGUGGCAACGUAACGGUGAAAGUCACCGCGUCGUCCACGCUGCUCUUCUCGUGGACUCCUCGCGUUUACACGGAGAACGUCACGUUUGCGUUCCGCGCAACCGACUCCAACGGUCGCUGGCUGGAUCGCACGCUGACGGUGCGGCUGUGUGGUUGCCAUGACAGCUGUGCGGCUAUUUUGAACGCGACGUCCGUCGCCAUGGAGCCGAUGAUGCUGCUGCCGUGUGUGGCGUGUCCACCUGGCCGCACUGGACGAUACUGCCAGGAUGACCUGGACUCUUGCCUGUCCAACCCGUGUGGCCGGCAUCAGACCUGCAUUGACACCAAACUACCCGGGGAUGGCUACAGAUGUGGGCCGUGCGAGGCAGGCUUCACACUGACCUCCGGCUCCAGCACCACCACCGCCGCUGCUACAGGCGCUGCUGGAACGUGCGCAAAUGUCAACGAAUGCGCCGAGGAUCACAGUGUGGCGGUGUGCGGUGGCGGAGCUGCUGCGGGUAGCAAUGCGAGCCACAUGUGUGUGGAUACGUACGGGUCGUAUCGCUGUGAUUGUGCACCGGGCUACAGUGCAGUACCCGCUGGUGCCAGUGUUGCUGGUGGUCUGCCCGUGUGCCACGAUAUUGACGAAUGCAGGGCUGGUGUGUUGACCCCAGUGUCACUGGGCAUGGCUACUGCAGCUCUGCCAGUGGCUGUGUGCGAUGCUCAGCACAGUGUGUGUCGUAACACAGCGGGUAGCUACGAGUGCGACUGUGCAACCGGGUAUAACGGUACUGGUGCAGCACAGACUGGUGGAUGCUUGCGUGAGUACUGUCACUGUACUGACUGCCCUCUUGUCGAUAACCUUGCUGGUGCUAGUGGUGUGGUGCUAGUGGUGUGGUGGUGA